AUGUUCACUACACCCAAGAAACCCCGUGGGUCAUACACCCCAUACAGCAGCAGUCCCAGCAAAGUUCGGCUCAAUGGCCUCUUCGCUGAUGGCAUUUGGCAAUGUAGCAACUGCAAUCCUCGACUUCCAGCAGCGCACUUCCAAGUCAAGAAGGAUGGUCCGAAUCAAGGCAAUUGGUUCUACACUUGCCAAGAAUCUAGAGAUAAUGGCUGUGGCUUCUUCUUGUGGGAUGAUAAGGCCGCUGGACGAGAGAUGCGAGCCGUAAUUGGUAAUACGCGAUCGGCUGCAGAUGCUGCCAGGGACAAGAGGACGAUCGAAGGACACUCCGCAGCUAGCAAUAAAUUCAUGGCAGAUUUGGCAAAGGCAAACGAGGAUGAGUUUGGCGACUUCUCGUUGUCUGCGGAAGAUGAGCAGAAGCUUGUUGAUGCUGUAGAGGAGGCCGAUGCUGGAGAAUACCCGCAGACUCCCAGGAAAGCUAUCAAGACAAGCGAAUUUAUGACAACUGGUAGCAAGCGGAAGAGAGACGAGGACACACUGCCAACUCCGAACAGCGGUUCCUAUAAGCCCAAUAUGGCGAAUAGUCUCAGGAAGGAUGAGGAUGUUUUCAAUACCCCGAGCAGCAGACUCAAAGGAGGAAUGUGGGACGGACACGAACGCCUAGGACUGCGUAGCCCUUCAGCUACGCCAACACCGAGUCGAUUCCAAGAUCCGAGCACGGAUGACAAUUCGCCUUCGAAAACUACGCAGAAUUGCGACAUCAGUGAAGAGGUUCUUGAAUUGUUGAAAUCUCAACACAUUGACGAAGAAGCAAGUUCGAAUCUCCGGACAUUACUCAGCAAACAUGCUCUCAAGAUUUCGGGUAUUGUGAAAGGGCGAGAUAUUACAAGAAUGGCCUUGAAGACCAAGGAUGCGAAGAUCGCCGAAUUGCAGCAGAAGAUCACGGCUCUGGAAGCUGAACGCGAGAUGGACAAGACUGUCAUCAGACACUUCAAGGCCGACAUGGCUCACAGUGUCGAGAAACGACGUGGUCGAGGUCGAGGGAAAACUUGA